AUGGUCAUACAUAUGAGCCAUGUGCUGCUGUUUGCAUACCUUGCUUUGCCUGGAAUCAUCCUUGGAGAUUUGGCUUUCAGAUGUCCCAGCUGUACUGCAGAGCGUCUCACUGCGUGUCCCAAAGUUACAGAUCUAUGUAUGGAGAUAGUAAGGGAGCCGGGCUGCGGCUGCUGCCCGAUGUGUGCUCGGCAAGAGGGUGAGUUCUGCGGGGUCUAUUCUCCGAAGUGCUCCAAUGGCCUGAGGUGUUACCCGAGCACGGACAGUGACUUUCCUUUGCAGCAGCUCAUCCAGGGUUUUGGCCGAUGUGGACAAAAAGUGGACUUAGAUGUUCCAACUAUUAACGGGGCUACAAAUGAGGUGCACGGGACAGAGAAUCCACUCACCAAAAGACCUGCUUUAGAUACUUGGUUUUGGCAGGAGUUGGCCAGGACACAAAACCAGAGGGAGCGCAAAACCAAGAUGAAGACAAACCAACUGGAGGAGCCUCAAACCCCCAAAGUGCCUCGGAGUGCCUGUCAGCAGGAGCUGGAUAAGGUCUUAGAGGAGAUCUCCAAAAUGACGUCAGAGGAUAACAGAGGCCCGCUGGAGAACCUGUACGAGCUCAAGUUUCCAAACUGUGACAAACAUGGACUGUACAACCCCAAACAGUGCAACAUGUCCACCCAUGGCCAGCGGGGCGAGUGCUGGUGUGUUGACCCCUUGACCGGGGUCCAGAUUCCAACAACGCCCAAAGUCAGAGGGGACCCCAACUGUAACCAGUUUCAUGAGGAGCUAAGGGUGAUGCCUACCGCAGCAGCGUCACUCUAACGCAGUCCAACAUAUGUGACAGGGUUGGGUUAUCCUCCCGGCUCCGAGAGGAUUUUCCCUUUAUGUGUUUAUUCUAGCAACAUUCAAAGUAGUCAACAUUUUUAAGACAUUGUCUCAUUAGAAUAUAUGUGAUUUGUAGGUUAAAAUGCAGUGUAACCUAAAGUAUCUACAUGCAAGAAGUUAGCAUUCCUCUGUUUUACCCUGCUGUCAAUACAUCCCCCAAAGACCAGAAAUCCAAAAGGUGCAAGUCUGUCUCUCCAUGCUGCCGUGCCCAUCCCAUGUAUUCUUCUCUUAGGAUUUCAGGAGGAGGCACACAUAUACUGUGGUCCUUUUUAUGUUUUUUGUGGCAAACCCUUCUCCAAAAACAGUUUGAGCAAACAAACCCAUGGUGACAUCACUUGUGGGUUUUUGCGCUGAGGCCUCAUGGUGUGCAUUGUGGAUUUUGUAAUGAUGUCGUUUUCGCUGGAGGUGGUUUGGACAAGAAGGGGAAGCUUUACAAGAUUCAAGUAUGAACAGAAGACAGUAAAAGCAUUGAUUUGGUUAGAGAGGUACAUUUGUAGUGAGUGGUAACUGUGAUUUUUCUGUAAUGGCAGGAAUAGAAGAUGACCUUGAUUAAAAGAAGACGACCCCAUCCCCUUUUUCAUGACAGAUUUGUUGGGAGAUCAUAUCAAGACAAAAAGUUUUAAAGUUGUGAUCAAACAACAUCCUCAACAAAACAAGGAAGU